UCGUUCAUAACGAUAUCAAUAACAUACAUUUAGAGUUUUCAAUUCUUCCGACUUUAAAGGAUUGAAAGUGUGUGUCCCUUUAAGUCGUAGACAGUAAAGGUAUGUGUCGGGCUCUUCUGCUCCGCCCAAGCAGCGUUUGAAAAGAGUUACAAGUCAAGGGAGGAGACCGACAGUUGAUAACUAUUAGUUAACUAAACUUUUUUUUAUUGAUAUCUAUCCCUCGUUUACUUUAGAUAGAUUGACGGUUUAAGCUUCAGUAAUGUCUGAGGUGGUGAGAAACGCCGCGACAGAAAACAGCGUAGAAAUAGUUAUUACACUGACCAGCGAAGAUCCUCCUUAACGUCAGACAGAAAGAGAGCCAGAGACUGUCUGUGAUGAGAUCAGACCCAACCACAGGCGGGUUUCUAAAGAGUUAUUUCAGACAGCUGCAGAAGAAGAAGAAGAAGAUGAUGAUGACAGCGGCACCCAUUAUCUGAAUGCUGAUGAGAGACCCUGUAGUGUACGAGGAAAGAGGCCAGGAUGACAUGGAAAACUGCCGGACACCUUCCAGACAGACCAUCUUCUCUACUAUGAGAGAUUGAAAGCAUAUCAAGAUUACAUGCUUGGUGACUGUAAAACGUCUGAAGUAGAAGCCUUCACGACUGAGUACCUGGAGAAGACCGUGGAGCCGUGUGAUUGGCAAGCCAUAUGGCACACAGAUGUGUUUGAUGUGCUGGUGGAAGUUGCUGAUGUGGAUUGUAAGGAGCUGAAGGCAAAGGUGGAGCUGGAGUGUGAGACCAGAGGCUGUGAUCUUACUGAAGAGGCCAUGAAGCUCCUGCUGGAGGCUACUCUUCAUAAAGUGCCUCUUCUGGAGCUCUCGGUUGUUUAUGAUGAAUCUGACUUUGAUCAGACUGCUUUGGCCCUAGAACACCUCAGGUUUUUCUAUGAGCACAUCUGGAGGAAGUGGGAUGAGGAAGAUGAGGACGAUGACUUUGAUUACUUUGUUCGGUGCGUGGAGCCUCGUCUUAGGCUGUACUAUGAUAUCUUGGAGGAUCGUGUUCCAGCUGGUCUUGAAGCAGAGUAUCACUCGACACUGGCACUCUGCUCUGAGAGGUUUCAGGAGUUUUCCAGCCUGAGAAGUGGCCUGGACAUUGACUCGGAGUCUGAGCAGGACAACGUAUCCAUGGUGGAAGGACUGCGUCUGUAUGAGCAGCUGGAAGCACUUAAACGCAAGCUGCGUAUUAUUGAAAACCCGUUGCUCAGGUACGUUCUGGGCUACAAGGUGAACUCCGGUCAGCAGUCAUACAGGGCAAAGGGGCCACGUCCCGCUGGCGGCCGAGUGCUUCACUUGGUAUCUGCCUUGUCCACAGUUCACCAGCUUCAAAGCUUGAUAACUGACAAACUGAUGCCUCACUAUUCAAGUGAAGAGUUUGAAGUGCAGUUUCACAGUGACCCAGUGCUUGCAGUCAGUGCGUGCUAUGAGGGGGAUGUGGUCAUCGUGUGCCCUGGCCUUUACAGCAUCACCAGCUCUAUCAGUAUUGUUGACUCCAUAGAGGUCGAAGGAUACGGUCUGGCGGACGAGGUGGUGAUCGAGAAGCGUAACAAGGGUGACACAUUUGUGGAGUCAACAGGAGCAAACGUCAAACUCUCGAAUCUAAAGUUCGUACAGCGCGACGCCGUUGAAGGGAUCUUGUGUGUUCGCCAGGGGAAGCUGGAAAUGGAAAAUUGUGUGAUGCAGUGUGAGACCACAGGUGUGAUUGUGCGAUCGGCGGCCCAGCUCUGCAUGAACAUGUGUGACCUGUACGGCUCCAAGGGUGCCGGUGUGGAGAUCAACCCUGGGAGUGUAUGCAGUCUGGUGGGCAACGGCAUCCAUCACUGCAAGGAGGGGAUCCUGAUUAAGGAUUUUACAGACGAGUUGGACGCCAUGCCUAAAAUCACUAUGGUGAAUAACAUGAUCCACAACAAUCAGGGCUACGGGGUUAUCUCGGUCAAGCCAGGUGAAGCUACCGUGGAGGAUCUGCCCGCAGAGCCCAGUGCCGCAGAUGAGAAAGAGAAAGAAUCUGAGGACACAAGAGUACAAUCAGAGGCAGAUAUAGAUGAUGAGGAUGAUGAUGAUGAGGAUGUGCCUGCCAUUGUCAUGGAGGAAGAGUGCCCAGCCAUCAAACAUGACCAUUCUGUCCCCCCAGACUUCACUGAGGGAAAUGAUGCCAUCAAGCAAGAGUUGGUUGCCACAUCAGCCAAGAAACAUGGGCUUCAGUUGAGCCGGAUCAAAGCACUAGGGUCCAUGCAGGCUGAUGAGAAUCUACUCUCACAGAAAAUGUUCAUUUCCAUUCAUGGAAAUCAAUUCGAGCACAAUGGAGAGGGAAGCUUUGGUACCUUCCUGUACUGAAGGUUUCUCUACGGCAAGCAUGCACAGACACACUUUACCGUUUAAUUAUUUAUUGUGUAUUUCUUCAAUUUUACUUCAAGUUUACUUUGUGAGCUUUCGUUAAUUACCGUGCGAGUGAAGUGUCAAAAUGAAUGAAAUGUGCUAAAAUGUGUAGGCUUUUAAACAUUCUCUUUUUGCCCUGUGUCCUUUUGAAUUAGGUUUUUGUUUAUCAGGAAGUUUUCGAACACUGAAACACUUAUAAUAUAUAUAAUAACAGAAUAUAUUAUAUCAUAUAUUGUAUAGCAUGUAGUAACACAAAAGAACAGCACCUUGGAAUUUUUUGGUUCAUGUCACGUUUAAGAAAAGAGAGAGAGUUUAUACAGUUCACAUUUUGUUCACAUUCUACUUAAAUGACUACUAUAGUCACUAAUAAGCACUAAAAAGCAUUUAGUCACUAAAAAAAGCAUUUCCCUUAACUGUCCCUUAAUUGUCUCUUCAUAUUUUGUAGAAAUAAAGAUGUUUUGUUGUUUUAAAUGGCAAAAAUCUGCUUUAUGUUACAUGGAAGAGUAAGAGUGUUACUGGUUUUGCUGGUCUAUAGGGGUUCCUUUUGUGACAACUUGAUUCUCGAUGAUUAAAUUCACUUCGAUUAAUGCUAAGAAAGUUAAAGGUAAAUCACUUUAUAAUGGAGACCAUUUAAUUAAUAUCAUAAUCCAGCAUGCUCUGUCAAAAAAUAUGGUUUUGGUCUGCUUAAGGAGAUGCCGCUUGACAUGCAUUAGUCAAACUUGUUCUCAAAAACCAGCUGAGGCUUUCAUUUUAAGUGGGUAAAAAAGAAAAAGAAAAAAGAACUUCAAAAAGGCAUAAUGAGAUCUAUAAAGUGCAUUAAUGUGAAAUAUAACAAUACAAAUUCAUUGGAGGAAAUGAGAUAAAGAACAAUUAAAGAAUGUUAAUGGUUUGUCUUUCGGAGUUAUCCAUCCUUGUACCCUCCUCCAGCACCACGUCAAAUUCAGUUUUACACCAAAUUAAUUUAUGAAACUUAAUUAAGUGUCCCUUUUUAGACUUUGUACUUGCAUAUUAACUGUCUCCUUAAACUGCUGGCAGAAGUGUGUGUUUAGGAAAGGCCCAUUGUCUUAUGGAAAGAAAUCUUUUUCCAUAAGUUUUUCGCUGUUUUAUAAGAUGUCUGUUUUUGUUGUAUAGGUCAAAGUCUUUG